GGCGAGGCCGGCGGCGGCCCGGGGCUCGACGGCCUCCUGGACCUGCUGCUGGGGCUGCACCACGAGCUCAGCAGCGCCCCCUUGCGGCGGGAGCGCCACGUCGCGCAGUUCCUGAGCUGGGCCAGCCCCUUCGUAAUGAAGGUGAAGGAGCUGCGGCUGCAGAGAGAUGACUUUGAGAUCCUGAAGGUGAUCGGCCGAGGGGCCUUUGGGGAGGUCGCCGUGGUGAGGCAGAGGGACAGUGGGCAGGUUUUUGCCAUGAAAAUGCUGCACAAAUGGGAGAUGCUGAAGCGGGCCGAGACGGCCUGUUUCCGGGAGGAGCGAGAUGUCCUGGUGAAGGGGGACAGCCGUUGGGUGACCGCUCUGCACUAUGCCUUCCAGGAUGAGGAAUACCUGUACCUGGUGAUGGAUUACUACGCCGGGGGGGACCUCCUCACACUGCUGAGCCGCUUCGAGGACCGCCUCCCGCCUGAGCUGGCCCAGUUCUACUUGGCUGAGAUGGUGCUGGCUAUCCAUUCACUGCACCAACUCGGCUAUGUCCACAGGGAUGUCAAGCCAGACAAUGUCCUGCUAGACAUGAAUGGACACAUCCGCCUAGCCGACUUUGGCUCCUGCCUCCGUCUCACCAGCAGUGGCAUGGUGGACUCCACAGUGGCGGUAGGGACACCGGACUACAUCUCCCCUGAGAUCCUACAAGCCAUGGAGGAGGGCAAGGGCCACUACGGCCCGCAGUGCGACUGGUGGUCACUGGGGGUCUGCGCCUAUGAGCUGCUCUUUGGGGAGACACCCUUCUACGCAGAGUCCCUGGUGGAAACUUAUGGCAAGAUCAUGAGCCAUGAGGACCACCUGCAGUUCCCCCCAGAUGUGCCUGACGUGCCGGCCAGUGCCCAAGACCUGAUCCGCCAGCUGCUGUGCCGCCAGGAGGAGCGCCUGGGACGCGGCGGGCUAGACGACUUCCGCAAGCACCCCUUCUUCGAAGGUGUGGACUGGGAGCGACUGGCGACCAGCACCGCCCCCUACAUCCCUGAGCUCCGCGGGCCCGUGGAUACCUCCAACUUCGAUGUGGAUGAUGACACCCUCAACCACCCAGGCACCCUGCCACCACCCUCCCACGGGACCUUCUCGGGCCACCACCUGCCGUUCGUGGGCUUCACCUUCACCUCCACCAGCCCCCGUCCUGAGGGCAGCAUGGAACGGCUGGCUGCCUGGGAGCAGAAGCUCACGUGUCUAGAGCAAGAGAAGGCAGAGCUGACCCGGAAGCUCUCUGAGGUCCAGCUGACCCCCUCAGACCACCAGGAGCUGGAGCAGCUACGGAAGGACGUGCGGACCCUACAGGAGAGGUUGUCAGAGACACUGAGGGAUGGAAAGGCCCCCUUGUCCCAGACGGACGGGCCACCUGCUGGCAGCCCAGGCCAGGCCAGUGACCUGCAACGGGAGAGAGACCAGCUCUGCCAGGAGCUGGCCGAGGCACAGACGGGGCUGCAGGUGCUGGCACAGGAGCUGGGCCAGGCCCACGGACGGCAGGAGGAGCUGCUCCAGAGGCUGCAAGAGGCCCAGGAGAGGGAGGCGGCCACGGCCAGCCAGACCCAGGCCCUGAGCUCCCAGCUGGAGGCAGCCCAGGCUGCCCGGAGCGCGCUGGAGGUCCAGCUGACCACCUUGAGCCAGGAGGUGACUCGGCUGCAGAGUCAGUGCCAGCAGAGCCUGGAGAAGGCGUCCUCCCAGGUCAAGGUCAUCCACACACCCUCUGAGACCAAUGGCACAGGACCUCCUGGCGGGGGGCCGCGGGAAGCCGAGCUUCGGAAGGAGGUGGCUGCCCUGCGCGUGCAGCUGGAGCAGGCCUGCAGUCAGGGGCUGAAUGGGAAGCAGGAGGCCCUGUCCCGGCUCCAGGAAGAGAACCAGUGGCUGAGCCGCGAGCAGGAGCGGCUGGCGGCAGAGCUGCAGCGGGAACAGCAGAGUAAGCAGCGUCUGGAAGGGGAGCGGCGGGAGACAGAGAACAACUGGGAGGCCCAGAUCGCCGACAUCCUCAGCUGGGUAAAUGAUGAGAAGGUCUCAAGGGGCUACCUGCAGGCCUUGGCCACCAAGAUGGCCGAAGAGCUGGAGUCCUUGCGGAACGUGGGCACUCAGACGCUCCCUGCCCGGCCACUGGACCACCAGUGGAAGGCACGGCGGCUACAGAAGACGGAGGCCUCGGCCCGGCUGGAGCUGCAGUCGGCACUGGAGGCUGAGAUCCGCGCCAAGCAGGGCCUGCAGGAGCAGCUGACGCAGGUGCAGGAGGCCCAGCUGCGGGCCGAGCGCCGUCUGCAGGAGGCCGAGAAGCAGAACCAGGACCUGCAGCAGGAGCUGGUCAUGCUGCGCGAGGAGUUGCAGGCCCGCGGGCCAGGGGACACCAAGCCAUCAAGCUCCUUGCUUCCCUUCCUGUCCUUCUGGAGCUCGGAGAAGGAUUCCGCCAAGGACUCCGGCAUCUCGGGAGAGGCUCCGAGGCCGGGGCUGGAGCCAGAGCUGAGGCCGGAGGGCCGCCGCAGCCUGCACAUGGGGGCUGUGUUCCCCAGGGUACCUCCCGCCACUGCAGCCCCUGCAGACAGCCCUCCUGCUAAGCCCGGCUCACACCUGCUGCGUCCCCGGACCUUCCCCUCCCCCACCAAGUGUCUCCGCUGCACCUCGUUGAUGCUCGGCCUGGGCCGCCAGGGUCUGGGCUGUGACGCCUGUGGCUACUUCUGCCACUCGACGUGUGCGCCCCAGGCCCCACUCUGUCCCGUGCCCCCUGACCUCCUUCGCACGGCCCUGGGGGUGCACCCUGAGACAGGCACGGGCACCGCCUAUGAGGGCUACCUGUCGGUGCCCCGGCCCUCGGGCGUCAGACGUGGCUGGCAGCGGGUCUUUGCUGCCCUGAGUGACUCUCGCCUGCUGCUGUUCGAUGCCCCCGACCCGCGGCUCAGCCCGGCCAGCGGGGCCCUCCUGCAGGCACUGGAUCUGAGGGACCCCCAGUUCUCGGCCACCCCCGUCCUGCCCUCUGAUGUUAUCCACGCCCAAUCCAGGGACCUGCCACGCAUCUUUAGGGUGACGGCCUCCCAGCUGGCGGUGCCGCCCACCACGUGCACCGUGCUGCUGCUGGCGGAGAGCGAGGGGGAGCGGGAGCGCUGGCUGCAGGUGCUGGGCGAGCUGCAGCGGCUGCUUCAGGACAUGCGGCCCCGGCCCCGGCCCGUGUACACCCUCAAGGAAGCCUACGACAAUGGGCUCCCGCUGCUGCCCCACACGCUCUGCGCAGCCAUCGUUGACCAGGAGCGGCUUGCUCUAGGUACAGAGGAGGGGCUGUUCGUGAUCCACCUGCACAGCAAUGACAUCUUCCAGGUGGGCGAGUGCAGGCGGGUACAGCAGCUGGCUGUCAGCCCCACCGCGGGCCUACUGGUGGUCCUGUGUGGCCGUGGCCCCAGCGUGCGCCUCUUCCCCUUGGCUGAGCUGGAGAGUGCUGAGGCCACGGGCGCCAAGAUCCCCGAGUCGCGAGGCUGCCAGGCACUGGCCGCCGGGAACAUCCUGCAGGCCCGCACCCCCGUGCUCUGCGUGGCCGUCAAGCGCCAGGUGCUCUGCUACCAGCUGGGGCCCGGCCCGGGGCCCUGGCAGCACCGCAUCCGGGAGCUGCAGGCACUUGCACCUGUGCAGAGUCUGGGGCUGCUGGGCGACCGGCUGUGCGUGGGCACGGCCGGAGCCUUCACCCUCUACCCCCUGCUCAACGAGGCUGCGCCCUUAGCACUGGGGGCCGGGCUAGUGCCCGAGGAGCUGCCGCCGUCCCGCGGGGGCCUGGGCGAGGCGCUGGGGGCCGUGGAGCUCAGCCUCAGUGAGUUCCUGCUGCUCUUCACCACUGCCGGUGUCUACGUGGACAGCGCUGGCCGCAAGUCUCGCGGCCACGAACUGCUGUGGCCAGCAGCCCCCACGGGCUGGGGUUACGCAGCCCCCUACCUGACAGUGUUCAGUGAAAACUCCCUCGAUGUGUUUGACGUGAGGAAGGCAGAAUGGGUCCAGACCGUGCCGUUCAAGAAGGUACGACCGCUGAACCCAGAGGGCUCCUUAUUCCUCUAUGGCACCGAGAAGGUCCGCCUGACUUACCUCAGGAACCGGCUGGCAGAGAAGGACGAGUUUGACAUCCCCGACCUCACUGACAACAGCCGGCGCCAGCUGGUCCGCACAAAGAGCAAGCGCCGCUUUUUCUUCCGCGUGUCUGAGGAGCAAAGGCAGCAGCAGCGCAGGGAGCUGCUGAAGGAUCCCUUCGUGCGUUCCAAGCUCAUCUCAUCGCCCACCAACUUCAAUCACCUGGUGCAUGUGGGCCCCACCGAUGGGAGGCCCAGUGCCAGGGACCUGCCCCGGGCUCCAGAAGAGAAGAGCCGAGGUGCCCGGAAAUCCGGCCCGCAGCGGCCCCACAGUUUCUCUGAGGCCUCGCGUCGCCCAGCCUCCAUGGGGAGCGAUGCCCUCGCUGGAACCGUGGACCCCAUGAAGAGGAAACCUCGGACAUCUCUGUCCAGUGAGUCUGUGUCCUGCCCCCAGGGGUCGCUGAGCCCUGCAGCCUCACUAAUGCAGGUCUCAGAGCGGCCCAGGAGCCUCCCUCCAGCCCCUGAUUCAGAGAGCACCCCUUGA